AUGCUUAAAUCUGAAAAAAAAACCACUAAUCAUGACAAUAGUCAAGUGUCAUUAAAAUAUGCUGAUUCAUUUUCUGAAGAACCUCCUUCGUGCUUCUUUAAAUAUGGACCUACGCGAAAUACUAGAUCCAAAUCAUCUUCAGAAACUAAUUCUAGGACACCAUCCUAUUCAGAAAGUGUUAAGUCUAGAGCAUUUUCGGAUGACAGCUAUUCAUUUAGGAAUAGCCGGAUGGAUGGUCUCGAAAAACGUAUUCAACAACUGGAAAAAUUGCUAAGAAAUAAGGACGAGCAGUUGAAUGAACAAGCUAAAAUGAUAAAUCAAUUAAAAGAAAUAUUAAAUAGUCAGUUUAAAAAACGGGUUGAAAGUAAAAUAGACAACGUUAAUAAAUACAUUAAACAAGAUCAUGAAAGUAAUGGAGAUUCGACCUCAGUUUCGAUAUUAGACGGUAAAAACAAUGACAAACCUCUACAGACGGAUAAUAGUUCUAUUGCUGGCUCAAUAAACCCGUCCUUCUCAACAGGAAGCGAAUGUUCUCUUCCUGGGUCAAAAACUAAUUCAAGAGAAUCGUCCUUUUUAACAAAAAGUGAAUGUUCUCAUCCUGGGUCAAAAGCUAAUUCGAGAACAUCGACCUUGUCCUCGGGCUUUUCUGAAAUUGAUCCUUCUAAAUGUAAUAACCCGGUUUUCUUGAAUGAUUUUUUGCUAGGUCCUUCAAUAAGCAACUUGAUAAAAAGUUUGGAAAAUCGUAUUCAGAACCUAGAGGAUCAGUUAAAAAAGCAGAAUGACGAAUCUAAAAGACAGCAAAAAAAAUUAAAAAAAAUGGAGGAAGAAUCAAAAAGGAAUCAUGAAACAGUGCGAAGACAGAACGAGCAUUUAAAAGAAAAAUUGCAAACUUUGGAGGAGGAAUCAAACCAAAAAUUGCAAACUUUGGAGGAAGAAUUGAAAAAAAAAAACAGUCAAGGAAGUGGUAAUGAAAAAAAGAUAAAGUUUAAAUUAAUCCCUGAUAAAGUUUUCGACAUCUCAUAUAGUCAUAUUCACAUGUGA